AUGGAUAGAGCUCAACAGCUUUUAGAGCAAGGUGUUGAUUUAGAAGAUGCUUGGGCUCUACUGUGCCCUGAAACUGAGAAAGAACGAGAUGAAUGUUUAAGUAUAAAAAAGCAAAAAGUAUUGGCAGAUGAAGAUGAUUCGGACACAGUUAUUCCAGAUCUUGCAGGAAAUGCUCGAACUGGAUUUACAAUUGAUAGUAGUAAUGCUACAAUGUCUAGAGAUGAAGCAUUGAGUUUACUAAGAUCUUUAAACACUGAACAAUCUGCAAUAUUUUACAAAGUCCGUAAAUGGUGUCUUCAGAAAGUAUAUGGUGAAAAUUCUGAACCAUUUUUCUUGUUUGUUACGGGUGGAGCAGGCACAGGAAAAAGUCAUUUAAUCAAAGCAAUUUACUAUGAAUCUUGUAGGCUUUUAUCUCAGCUAUCUAAUAACCCUGAUGAUAGAACUGUGAUUUUAUGUGCUUCAACAGGUGUGGCCGCUUACAACAUUGGUGCCACAACCAUCCACAACACCUUUUCUAUUGGUGCUAAUGUCAAGUUGCCAUAUCAACCUUUAAGUGAUGACAAAAUCAAUUCUCUGCGUUCCAAAAUGGCUUGUUUGCAAAUUUUGAUCAUUGAUGAAAUAUCCAUGGUUGACCAUUACCUUUUGUCUUAUGUUCAUGGCAGGUUGAGACAAAUCAAGCAAACUGGUGACUAUUCUGUCUUUGGAAAAGUAAGCAUUGUUGCUGUAGGAGAUUUUUAUCAGCUUCCACCUGUCAAAGGUACUCCCCUCUAUGCCGAUGCAAAAGGAGUGAACCUUUGGGACAACAUCUUUGAAAUUGCUGAAUUAACAAAAGUUGUUAGGCAAGAAGAUGCGUCUUUUGCAGAAAUGUUAAAUCGUCUGAGAGUUCGUUAA